AUGUCUCUCUCGCCAGCACAGCUUCAGACUAUCAAGCCCCUUCCUUCUCAGGACUCGGCCAUUCCUGAUGGCCAGUAUGUCGUCAAAUGCGACCAGCAGAAGCAAAUAGUAGCCACAGAUGGCGACAUCAAGGCUGAAGUCUGGUUUAGGACUCCCGCCCUCACUGCCGACACCAUCCGCAGCAUCCACAGCCUCCAACUCUAUGUCGAAUCCCACGACCAAGGCUACGCAGAUGACGAGUCUGCCGGUAACUGGACUUGGUUCGAGAUUGCCAUUCUUGAAAACGAGUCUGCAGAGACAGCCAAGAUCAACAAAGGCGUUGAGCUGGUCUGGCUGAGUCACCGCAACAAUUUCCUCACGAGGAAAUAUGAAUGGAAGAAUGGUGGUGUGUAUGAUGAAAGCCAUCCGAUCCUGAGUCACUUGGAGGCUGGAAAUGUCCUCGCUGUCCGCCAGGGUGCUCGAUUUGCUGGCUGGGCGAACUUUGCUAAGACUGGAUAUCUCGUCUUCAACCUUGGUCGUGAUAUUCACCAUAAACCCAUCCAUUAUGGCAACUUUGUCGCCGAAACCCAAGGCUUUCAGAGUGCCCUGAACGACAUCAACAAACUGAUGAACCCGAAAUCUGCACCAUCUAUCCCACAGGGCGUGUUCCGCGCUGACGCAAUCAACAUCGACAAUGAAGCACGUCCUCUGCGCGUUCUGUCGCUGGAUGGCGGUGGUGCUCGUGGACUGGCAUCGCUUCAUCUGCUCAAGGGUGUCCUGGACAAGGUCACGCCUGGCAAGAAGCCGUAUGAGAUCUUCGAUAUGAUCGGUGGUACCAGCACUGGAGGGUUGAUUGCCAUCAUGCUCGGCCGUCUGCACAUGAGCGUCGCGGAGUGCAUUAAGAAAUACGAGCAGUUCAUGGAGAAGAUCUUCUACCAAAAUCGGUGGACUGGUGGUAAGAAGGGUCGUUUCCUGUGGGACCGCCAUUUCUAUGAUGCCAAGGACCUUGAGAAUGUCGUCAAGGAGCUCAUCCGCGAGAAACUCGGCAGAGAUGAUGUUCUUCUUGAUGAAGAGAAACCGGCUUGCAAAGUCUUCGUGACGGCCGUCCGUAAAGACGCCGCCAACAACCGCGGUCCUGUGCUGCUGCGAUCCUACAAACACCCCCACCUGCCAUCCACACUUCCCAAUAUCAAGCUGUGGGAGGCUGCCCGUGCCACCUCUGCCGCACCAGUCUACUUCAAGUCGAUCCGGGUCGGCGAUUACGAACUUGUCGACGGCAGCUUGGGCGCCAACAACCCUCUCGGUUGGCUGUGGACUGAAGUCUUGGGUGUAUUUGGCCCUGCCCGUGAAUCCGACUGCUUCCUGAGCAUUGGCACUGGCAUCUCAUCCAACCAACCCAUUCUCGACCCUGGCCGUCUGGGUGAUCACAACGUUGAGUCGGCGUUUGCGUCUGCUGCGUGCAAUGCGGAGAUCAUGCACGUCCUCUUCCGCACUCUUAUCCACGCCUUUGCGCCCAGGAACAUGCAGGAGAAGUACUGGCGGUUGAACGUUGGCAAGCACGUACCGGAGAAGAUUGUAGACGGCAAGAAGGUUUUGGAUAACUACGAGGGUGUGGGAGAGCUAGACGACGUUUCUGCUGUCUUGAACCACUUGGUCAAGCUGGCUGAGAAGGUGGUCGAGGAAGAAAAGGAUACUAUUCAACGCUGUGCCUUGGCCUUGGAUCACACCACUGGCAUUGCCACUACUUCUGUUAGGUAA